AGUGCAGUUUCUCGGUCGAAACGUGUCGCACCUCCGAAGAAAUAGUGAUGUGUUAAAUAGUGUCACGAGUUCACACAGAAAACGGAUAUUUUCGCAAAAACCCCAACCAUUGAACAUAAUAUUAUGCGGAGGAUAUUAUAAAUUAUCGAAGAGGUGGCGUUGAUGACCUUCUACAAUGGUUAUCGUGACGAGGGGUGACUAUAUUUGGAUCGAACCAAUAUCAGGAAAUGAGUUCGACGUUGCAAUCGGAGCAAAAGUCGUCUCGGCGGAAGGGCGAAGGAUCGCUGUCCGAGAUGACGACGGUGAGGAGCAUUGGUUACAACCAGAUCGAAGAAUUAAAGCAAUGCACACCACCUCCAUUCACGGAGUGGAAGAUAUGAUCGGAUUAGGUGAUCUCCACGAAGCAGGAAUACUCAGGAAUUUGUUGAUCAGAUACAAUGAGAAUCUCAUUUACACGUAUACUGGUUCAAUCUUAGUAGCAGUUAAUCCAUACCAAAUUCUCCCAAUUUAUACGGCUGAACAAAUCAAAUUGUACAAAGAGCGGAAAAUCGGAGAACUUCCACCACACAUUUUUGCGAUAGGCGAUAAUUGUUACGCGAACAUGCGAAGAUACGGCCAAGAUCAAUGUAUCGUUAUCUCCGGGGAAUCGGGAGCAGGAAAAACGGAAAGCACAAAGUUGAUUUUGCAAUAUUUAGCUGCGAUAAGUGGGAAACAUUCGUGGAUAGAGCAACAGAUUUUAGAGGCGAACCCCAUUUUGGAAGCUUUUGGAAAUGCUAAAACCGUUCGAAACGAUAACAGCUCAAGAUUUGGGAAAUACAUCGAUAUUCAUUUUAGUACAAACGGUGUUAUUGAAGGGGCUAAAAUCGAACAGUAUUUAUUAGAAAAAAGUAGAAUUGUUAGUCAAAACCCUGAUGAAAGAAAUUAUCACAUUUUUUAUUGUUUAUUGGCGGGGUUAAAUCGAGAAGAUAAAAAGAAAUUAGAUCUUGGGGAUGCUAGCGAAUAUCGAUAUUUAACUGGGGGUGGUUGUAUAACUUGUGAAGGAAGAGCUGAUGCAGCAGAAUUUGCAGAUAUUCGAAGCGCAAUGAAAGUAUUAUUAUUUACUGAUCAAGAAAUUUGGGAUAUUCUAAAACUUUUAGCAGCUUUACUUCACACAGGAAACAUAAAGUACAAAGCUACAGUCGUUGAUAAUUUAGAUGCCACAGAAAUUCCCGAUCACACCAACGUUCAUCGGGUUGCGCAAUUAUUAGGGGUUGCUCCUCAACCUCUCAUCGAUGCUUUAACAAGAAAAACAUUAUUUGCUCAUGGAGAAACUGUAAUUUCAACUUUAUCUCGAGAGCAAAGUGUCGAUGUCCGUGACGCAUUCGUUAAAGGCAUCUAUGGGCGAUUAUUUAUAUUUAUUGUUAAAAAAAUAAACAGUGCAAUACAUAAAGCUAAAGAAAGGAUAAGUAGAAGAUCGAUAGGUGUUCUUGAUAUAUUCGGUUUUGAGAAUUUUAAUCAUAACAGUUUUGAACAAUUUUGUAUUAAUUACGCCAAUGAGAAUUUACAACAAUUUUUUGUUCGUCACAUUUUUAAAUUGGAGCAAGAAGAAUAUAAUCUCGAAGCUAUUAAUUGGCAACACAUAGAAUUCGUUGAUAAUCAAGAUGCGCUUGAUUUAAUUGCAGUUAAACAACUAAACAUUAUGGCUCUAAUCGAUGAAGAAAGCAAAUUUCCCAAAGGAACGGAUCAAACUAUGUUAGCCAAAUUACAUAAAACUCAUGGAGGGCACCGAAACUAUUUAAAACCCAAAUCAGAUAUAAACACAAGUUUUGGUUUAAAUCAUUUCGCUGGGAUCGUUUUUUACGAUACUCGAGGAUUUUUAGAAAAAAAUCGAGAUACAUUUAGCGCUGAUUUACUACAAUUAGUUACAAUCUCAAAAAAUUCUUUCCUACAACAAUUAUUUAUCGACGAUAUAGGGAUGGGUGCAGAAACAAGAAAACGAACCCCAACUUUAUCAACACAAUUCAAAAAGAGUUUAGAUUCUUUAAUGAAAACUCUAUCAAAUUGCCAACCUUUUUUUAUAAGAUGCAUAAAACCAAACGAAAUCAAAAAACCAAUGAUGUUUGAUCGAAAUUUAUGUUGUCGCCAAUUAAGAUAUUCAGGCAUGAUGGAAACGAUUCGAAUUCGAAGAGCUGGAUAUCCAAUUCGCCACACUUUUAAAGAAUUCGUUGAAAGAUAUCGAUUUUUAAUCUCAGGAAUUCCACCAUCACAUAAAACCGAUUGUAGAUUAGCAACAUCUCGUAUUUGCAAAGCCGUUUUAGGUCACUCCGAUUAUCAGCUUGGAAACACAAAAGUCUUUUUAAAAGACGCUCACGAUCUUUUCUUAGAACAAGAACGUGAUCGGGUGAUUACACGAAAAAUUUUAAUUCUUCAAAAAAAUAUAAGAGGUUGGGUUUAUCGACGAAGAUUCCAACGAUUAAAAGCUGCCGUUAUUAUUGUCCAAAAACACGUUAAAGGAUAUCUACAAAGAAAAAAAUACAAUCAAAUGAAAGUCGGUUACAUGAGAUUACAAGCUUUGAUUCGAAGUCGCGUUUUAUCACAUCGUUUUAGACACUUAAGAGGUCAUAUUGUUGGAUUACAAGCUCACGCUCGAGGAUAUUUAGUUCGAAGGGAGUACGGACAUAAAAUGUGGGCGAUUAUAAAGAUACAAUCUCACGUGAGAAGAAUGAUUGCUCAACGGCGGUUUAAAAAGAUUAAAUUGGAACAUAAAAAGCAUAUCGAAGCUUUGAAAUUGAAGAAAAAAGAAGAAAGGGAGUUGAAAGACGCUGGGAAUAAACGAGCUAAAGAAAUUGCGGAACAAAAUUACAGAGAACGAAUGUUUGAGUUGGAACGUAAAGAAAUGGAGUUGGAAAUGGAGGACAGAAGACGCGUUGAAAUGAAGAAAAAUUUGAUAAAUGAUGCUGCAAGAAAAGCUGAUGAACCUGUUGAUGAUUCGAAAUUGGUUGAGGCGAUGUUUGAUUUUCUACCUGAUAGUUCAAGUGAAGCUCCUACACCAGGAAGAGAAACAUCAGUUUUUAACGACCUUCCCUCACAACCAUCUGAAAAUGAAAUCAUCAGCCCAAUGCAAACACAAUCCGAAGAUGAAGAGGAUCUAUCCGAAUUUAAAUUCCAAAAAUUCGCCGCUACUUAUUUCCAAGGAAAUAUCGGCCAUCAAUAUUCCAGGAAACCUUUAAAACAUCCAUUAUUACCGUUACAUACUCAAGGGGAUCAAUUGGCAGCGCAAGCUUUAUGGAUAACAAUCUUACGAUUCACUGGAGAUUUACCAGAACCACGUUAUAGUACAAUGGAACGCGAUAACACCUCAGUUAUGUCAAAAGUAACGGCAACUUUAGGAAGAAAUUUCAUAAGAAGUAAAGAAUUUCAAGAAGCCCAAUUAAUGGGUUUAGAUCCCGAUUCUUUUAUGAAGCAAAAACCACGCUCAAUUCGUAAUAAAUUAGUCUCGUUAACCUUGAAACGUAAAAACAAACUGGGUGAAGAUGUAAGAAGAAAACUUCAAGAUGAAGAAUACACAGCUGAUAGUUAUCAAAGCUGGUUGGAAUCAAGACCAACGUCGAAUUUAGAAAAAUUACACUUUAUAAUCGGUCACGGUAUUUUGCGAGCUGAAUUAAGAGAUGAAAUUUAUUGCCAAAUUUGUAAACAAUUAACAAAUAAUCCAUCGAAAUCAUCACACGCUCGAGGUUGGAUUUUAUUAUCGCUUUGCGUUGGAUGUUUUGCACCUUCUGAAAAAUUUGUGAAUUAUUUAAGAGCUUUUAUUAGAGAGGGACCACCUGGUUAUGCGCCUUAUUGCGAAGAUCGAUUAAAACGUACGUUUAAUAACGGAACUAGAAAUCAACCACCGAGUUGGUUGGAAUUGCAAGCAACAAAAUCAAAAAAACCUAUUAUGUUACCAAUAACAUUUAUGGAUGGGCACACAAAAACUUUAUUAGCUGAUUCAGCAACAACUGCAAGAGAAUUAUGUAAUCAAUUAUCAGAUAAAAUAGGAUUAAAAGAUCAAUUCGGAUUCUCACUUUACAUCGCUUUAUUUGAUAAGGUAUCAUCACUUGGAAGUGCUGGCGAUCAUGUUAUGGAUGCAAUUUCACAAUGCGAACAAUACGCAAAAGAACAAGGUGCUCAAGAAAGAAACGCCCCCUGGAGAUUAUUUUUCCGUAAAGAAAUUUUCGCACCAUGGCACGACCCAACUGAAGAUCAAGUUGCAACUAAUUUAAUUUAUCAACAAGUUGUGCGCGGUGUUAAAUUUGGGGAAUACCGUUGUGAUAAAGAAGAAGAUUUAGCGAUGAUUGCAGCCCAACAAUAUUAUAUUGAAUACAACACAGAUAUGAAUGUUGAGAGAUUAUUAACUUUACUACCUAAUUAUAUCCCUGAUUAUUGUUUAACAGGGGUUGAUAAAGCGAUUGAUCGAUGGGGUGCUUUAGUGGUCCAAGCUUAUAAAAAAAGUUAUUACCUCAAAGAAAAAGUUCAAAUAUUACGCGUAAAAGAGGAUGUUGUUUCGUACGCCAAAUUUAAAUGGCCCCUUUUAUUCUCACGAUUUUACGAAGCGUAUAGAAAUUCAGGUCCAAAUUUACCCAAAAACGACGUGAUAAUCGCCGUGAAUUGGACUGGAGUUUACGUCGUUGAUGAUCAAGAACAAGUUUUACUUGAAUUAUCUUUCCCGGAAAUUACAACGGUUUCUUCACAAAAAACCAAUAAAGUAUUUACACAAACUUUUAGCUUGAAUACAGUUCGCGGGGAAGAAUUUACGUUUCAAAGUCCGAAUGCUGAGGAUAUUAGGGAUUUGGUUGUAUAUUUUUUAGAGGGAUUAAAGAAGAGGUCAAAGUUUGUUAUCGCUCUUCAAGAUUACAAAAGUCCGGGGGAGGGAUCAAGCUUUUUAACAUUCCAAAAGGGGGAUUUGAUUGUUUUGGAGGAGGACAGCACAGGGGAGACUGUUUUAAAUUCUGGAUGGUGUGUGGGAAGGUGCGAAAGGAGUCAAGAAAAGGGUGAUUUCCCAGCCGAAACCGUUUAUGUAUUACCGUCGAUGACAAAACCCCCGGGUGAUAUUUUGAUGUUAUUUAACACAGAAGGUGCAGAACAUGGUCGUCGUGUAAGUCAACAAUACAUGGUAAAUGGAACGGAAUCAAGAGAUAGACCACACACCCUCUCAGAUUACGCAAUAGAUCACUUCAGACCUCCCAGUAAACGCACAAUGUCCAAAACCCUAACGUUAACGACCGCUAGAAGGGGUAUAGACGAUUUAUGGCGACAUUCUCGAGACCCAAUUAAACAACCCUUAUUAAAAAAACUUCUCACCAAAGAAGAACUGGCCGACGAAGCCGUUUUUUCAUUCAGCGCUAUCUUAAAAUACAUGGGAGACUUACCAUCGAAAAGACCGCGAUUAGGUAACGAAUAUACCGAUCAUAUUUUUGAUGGGCCGUUAAAACACGAGAUUUUACGCGACGAAAUUUAUUGUCAAAUAAUGAAACAAUUAACUGAUAAUCGAAAUCGAAUGAGUGAGGAGAGAGGUUGGGAAUUAAUGUGGUUGGCGACUGGGUUGUUUACGUGUUCGCAAAGUUUGUUGAAGGAGUUAACUUUGUUCUUGAGGACUCGUCGUCAUCCGAUUUCUCAGGAUUCUUUACAACGUCUUCAAAAAACUUUAAGAAACGGGCAAAGAAAAUAUCCCCCUCACCAAGUUGAAGUCGAAGCAAUCCAACACAAAACCACCCAAAUCUUUCACAAAGUCUAUUUCCCCGAUGACACAGAUGAAGCGUUCGAAGUCGAUUCAAGCACCAGAGCAAAAGAUUUUUGCCAAAAUAUUAGUCAAAGAUUGAGUUUGCGUUCAAGCGAAGGUUUUAGUUUAUUCGUGAAAAUCGCUGAUAAAGUUAUUUCAGUACCGGAAGGGGACUUUUUCUUUGAUUUCGUGAGACAUUUAACGGAUUGGAUUAGAAAGGCGCGACCAACUCGUGAUGGGAUUACCCCACAAUUUUCUUAUCAAGUAUUUUUUAUGAAAAAGUUAUGGACCAACACUGUUCCUGGAAAGGAUAGAAACGCAGAUCUUAUUUUCCAUUUUCAUCAAGAAUUACCUAAAUUGAUUAGAGGUUACCAUAAGUGUACUAAAGAAGAAGCCGCUAAAUUAGCCGCUUUGGUUUAUCGAGUUCGAUUUGGCGAAAGUAAACAAGAAUUACAAGCAAUACCCCAAAUGUUGCGUGAUAUAAUUCCAUCUGAUUUGAUUAAAAUCCAAAAUGCUAAUGAUUGGAAACGUGGGAUUGUUGCAUCUUAUAACACGGAUGCAGGGAUGAGUCCAGAAGAUGCUAAAAUAACUUUUUUGAAGAUCAUUUAUAGAUGGCCCACGUUUGGGUCGGCUUUCUUUGAGGUUAAACAGACCACAGAUCCGAAUUAUCCCGAAAUGUUAUUGAUUGCUAUUAAUAAGCAUGGAGUUAGUUUGAUUCAUCCUGUUAGCAAGGAUAUACUUGUAACACAUCCUUUCACAAGAAUAUCAAAUUGGUCUUCUGGUAAUACAUAUUUCCAUAUGACAAUAGGAAAUUUAGUGAGAGGAUCGAAAUUGCUCUGCGAGACGUCGUUGGGGUACAAAAUGGAUGAUCUGCUUACUUCGUAUAUAUCAUUGAUGCUCACAAAUAUGAAUAAACAAAGAAGUAUUCGUAUAAAAUCCUAAAAAAAAUUAAACUUACCUAAAAUGAGAGUUAACAAGGAGAAAACAAGGUGUUAUUUUUAACAAUUUAUCUUCGAAUUACAUUAAUGAUUAUUGUAAAUGGUGUUUAAGUGAAAAAAAUAUAUUUUUUAAAAGGAGCUUUUAUAUGAUAAAAUAAAAUACGUAUAGAAAUUGUAAAUAGUUAUAAUAUCGAAGAUUUGAUUUCUUUUUUGCAUUCUUUAUUUAUUAUUCGAUCUGAGUUGAUACUAAAAAGAAAAAAAUUAAUUCUAAUUAUUCUUCGUGGUUUUAUUUUUGUUGUGGUAUUUGUAGCCUACACAUAGAAUUCUCAAAUAUUAGCAUAUUUUAUUUAAAAAAAUUGUUGAAUCUACGCUUUUAUCUUAUUAUAAAGAAAGUAAGCAUAUCUGGUGUGAGUGAAUCUUCUUCUAUUUUAUUACAUCAUAUUUUGUAGCUCAUUUAUCAAAAAAAAAUAUAUGUAUCUGAGAUUAAUUUUUCUUUUUUAAUUGUUAUUAUUAAAUUUGUUAUUUUUUUCUCAACUUUGUGAAAAUUCUAAAUACAUUCUUGAAAUCCGUCCAAUAAAGAAAAAUUUAUUGAA